AUGAUCACCAGCCAGGAAGUUUUCGAUAGAGUUGAGGAUUACGGGAUUCUCGAUUUUUACUCCAUCAAGACAAACUAUUCUCGUAAUGUGCAAUAUAUAUUCAAUAACCCAUCCAACCAGAGUGAUCUUACAUACCAAAUCCUCCGAAACUGAAGGCAGGUCCUCGAAGUCUUUUCAAAAUGCAAAAUCACCAAAGAGGAUGAUAGAUUGCCAGCUAUAUCUGGCGUGGUGAAGAAGUUUGAGGAGAUGUUACGGGAUAGGUAUCUCGCUGGUCUUUGGUUGGGUCAGUUGCAUACUGAACUUCUAUGGCGGACUAGAACAAGAGCUCGUAACCGUCCACCACGUCGGACUUCUUCUUAUGUUGCACCUUCUUGGUCUUGGGCUUCGCUGAAUGCGGAGAUUUUUCUCUUUGACUCGAUUAGAGAUAGAACGGAUGUGUAUUUUGCUGAAAUCCUUCAGGCUAAUGUGGAGCCUGUUGGUGACGACCAUACGGGGCAGCUUAGAGGAGGGUUCAUACGAUUGAUUGGGGCUCUGCAGCAUGUAAUGGUGUCUAAAGCCCCGACCCCAGAAGAAUUACCAUUGCUUGCGUUUUGCAAUCUCGUUGAGCGAAAUCUUCAAAGUGAGAGCGUAUCACGGAAUGGCACGGGUCAGGAUAUUAUAUAUGGACAUAUUGACGUCGACGAUAUGGCAGGGGUUAAUGAGCAAUUCCUCUUCCUCCCAUUACUUUCAACCUAUGGGGAUUGCCAUGGAAUCCUAGUCCGGGAAACAGCGGAUGCCGGAAUAUUCACACGAGUUGGAAUGGCAAGGACAAGAGACACACCCGACAGCAGGUACGAUUAUAUAUCAGACUCCCCCAAUUGGCAAAAGAAUGUGGCAAAAAUGCGUAUAGACUAUUAUGCUCGAAAGAAAGAAGCGUACGAGAAUCAGGACUGCACGAAAAAGGGACCUCACAAUCUCUUCCUCGGAGAACCAGAAGUACCUCCCCAGGGUUUGGUCCGAUUGGUGCCACAGGAGAUUACCAUCAUAUAA